ACGGCGCACGUACGCUCGCCGUGCCCCCGGCGUGAUCCGGCCGGCCGGAUACGCAUACGCUCGCGUGCACGGGCGGCACGGCGCCCGCACACGCGACCCCCGGAGCGCCUCCCUUUCUUAUGCGUCUCCUUCCAACCCGGGGGGCUCAGCCGCUCAGACGCAGGCUCCCACCCGCGGAUCACGCCGCGGCCAAACCGUUGCCCCCGCUUCACACACAAGUUUCCCCCGGGCGUUUGACUCCCGCGCGCCGAGAGCGAGGGGUUCUAGCCGUUUGCCCGUUUCCUCCUACUCCUCAGUGGUGGAACUGGAACGGCAGCGCCCGGUUCUGGGGCUGGCUGAUUGCUCCCUUUCCCCGCUCCUCUUUCCCUGGCGCGGCGCGGAUGGGCUGCAAGGGGUCCAAGCACGCGGCGCUGAGCGGGGGCGGCGGGGCGCCGGAGCCGCGGAGGCGCUCGGGGCGCCUGCCGCCGCGGCACUCCGUCGCGCUGCGGUCGGCCGCGCUCGGGACUCUCAGCCUCGACCGCGCCGCGGCGGCGGCGGCGGCCGGCGCGGCCGUGGGCGUGUCCCUCGGCGCCGGCGCCGGCGGCGGCGGGGUCGAGGGGAUGAUGAAGGCCGGCAACGACGCGGGGAAGCUGCUCGGGCCGUCGCGGUCGUUCGCCGGGUGGCGCCCGGCGACGCCACCAGCCGUGGCGGCGCCGCCGAAGCGGCAGAAGAGGGCGGCCGUGGUGGCGCCGCGGACGCCCAGCAAGACGCCGGUGCGCGAGCCCCCCGAGGAGAUCAACGUGUGGGAGCUCAUGAAGGGGCUCGACGACGACGACCACGGUGAUGAUCAAGAGGAGGACCGCGAUCGCACCCAGUGCGUGGAGCGGAAGGCGCGGUCGGCGCCCGGCUCGCCGGUGUUCGAUCCGGAAAUCCUGGACGCGUUCCGGAAGGCGCUCGACUCGCCUCUCCCUGACCUCGUCAAACGCGGCGGCGACGUCGAGAAGCGCGAGAUUCAGAUGUUCCCGGGCAUCGUGCGCGCGCGGGUCAGCGUGCUGCAGGAAAAGAUCAGCGCCAAGACGAAGCUAGCCAAGAAGGCCUCGCCGCCGCCGCCGCCGCCGGAGAGCGCGGGCCGGGUCGUGCUGUACCUCACCAGCCUCCGCGGGAUCCGGCAGACGUACGAGGACUGCUGGUCCACGAGCGCCAUCCUGCGCGGCUACGGCGUGCGCGUCGACGAGCGCGACCUGUCGAUGCACGCCGGGUUCAAGGACGAGCUCCGCGCCGCGCUCGGCUGGGGCGCCCGGCCGCCGCCGCUCCCGCAGGUGUUCGCGGACGGCCGGCACCUGGGCGGCGCCGAGGAGGUCCGCCGCCUGCACGAGGCCGGGGAGCUGGCGGCGGCCCUCGGGGCCUGCGACCCGGCGCCGCGCGCCGGCAAGGGGGCCGGCGACGCGGCAGAGGUCUGCGGCGGCUGCGGCGGGGUGCGGUUCGUGCCGUGCGACGCGUGCUCCGGCAGCUGCAAGGUGUUCGCGGGCGACGAGGACGGCGCCGGCGCCGGCGCGUUCAGGCGGUGCCCCGAGUGCAACGAGAACGGGCUGGUGAGAUGCCCCGUCUGCUAGCGGCGCUGCGCGAUUUCCUUUCUCUUGAGUUGGUGUGGAAUUUUUGGCGAGCCAUGUUGUUCAGUGUGCUGUUCCCCGAUCGUGAAUGUGAUCGACGACCACUUGUACAGAUCAAGAGAAAAACAAGAGCAGCGUCUUGGGAUUCCGAUGAGAAUUUCAGUGUGAAUGAAUGGCCAAAAGCUCUAGUCCGGAGUCAACAA